UAUCUUGCAGAGAUAUACAAAAUUGGGAAGGAGUGGGGAACGUGAACGAGUUAGUGUUGGGGGGCUUUGAUUAAGGAGAAAUGGCCGCAUCAUGUGCAGCUUCUGCAAGCGGUGAAGACUGUGAAGCUCCACUGUUAUCAAUAGCAGAUGACACCGUCCACGGUGUCGUUGACUACAAAGGCCGUCGUCUCUUUAGCAGAUCCAACACCGGCGGGUGGAGAUCCGCCGGAUUUAUCAUCGGAGUGGAGAUUACAGAGAGGUUUGCGUAUUAUGGAAUCCAAUCGAACCUUAUAAGCUACCUGACGGGGCCUCUGCAGCAGUCCAUGGCCACGGCGGCGGAGAACGUGAACGCGUGGUCGGGAGCUGCGUCUAUGCUUCCUCUACUGGGAGCUUUUGUCGCCGACGCUUGGCUUGGACGCUAUCACACCAUCCUCUUCUCUUCUCUCAUCUAUAUCCUGGGACUAGGUUUGUUAACACUAUCAGCUGUGCUUCCUUCACAAAGUGCAUCUAACCGUCCUUCUCAAAUCCAAAUCAUAUUGUUCUUCUCUGCGCUGUAUUUGGUGGCUGUUGGACAAGGUGGACACAAGCCAUCUGUACAGGCUUUUGGAGCUGAUCAAUUCAAUGUCCAUGAUCCACAAGAGUGCAAGUCCAGGAGCUCUUUCUUCAAUUGGUGGUAUUUUGGAAUGAGUGUGGGUGUAAUGUUCACAAUAACCAUUUUGAGUUACAUUCAAGACAACUUGAGUUGGGGUCUUGGAUUUGGAAUCCCAUGCAUUACCAUGGUAGUUGGACUAAUUGUUUUCUUGCUUGGAACUAAGAGUUAUCGAUACAGUUUCAACGAGGCUAAGAACAACCCAUUUAUGCGGAUUGUACAAGUGUUUGUUGCAGCUGCAAGGAAUUGGCAGAUUGCUUAUUCACCCACUUCCAUUGACAAGGAACUGGGAGAAACAGUCCCUCGGCAAGGUGCUAACCAAUUCAAAUUUCUGGACAAGGCAUUAGCAAAUGCAUCAGAUGGUUCAAAGAAGGAAUGGGCGGUGUGCAGUGUGGAUCAAGUGGAAGAUGCAAAAGCAGUCUUGCGGUUAGUUCCUAUAUGGACCACAUGCUUAGUAUAUGCAAUUGUAUUUUCUCAACCUCCUACUUUCUUCACAAAGCAAGGUGCCACCAUGGAUAGAUCAAUAGGGUCAGGGUUUGUGAUACCAGCUGCAUCUCUCCAGACCUUUAUUAGCUUUUCAAUUGUCACAUUUAUUCCUAUUUACGAUCGUAUCGUCGUACCGAUAGCCAGAUUCUUCACCAAGAAACACUCAGGCAUAACAAUGCUUCAAAGAAUAGGAACUGGAAUGCUUUUCUCUAUGGUGGCUGUGGUGAUAGCAGCAUUAGUUGAGAAGCAAAGACUUCAAAUUGCAAUAGAUUCUGGGCUUCUUGAUAAACCACAAGCUACAGUUCCAAUGAGUGUUUGGUGGUUGGUUCCUCAAUAUGUUUUGCUUGGAGUUGCAGAUGUUUUCACCAUGGUUGGUCUGCAAGAAUUUUUCUAUGAUCAAGUUCCAGAUGGGCUGAGGAGUUUAGGUCUUUCCCUUUACCUUAGCAUAUUUGGCAUUGGAAGUUUCUUUAGUAGCUUUCUUAUCUCUGCAAUUGAAAAGGCAACUGGUGGAGAUGGCCAAGAUAGUUGGUUUUCAAACAAUCUCAAUCGAGCUCAUCUAGAUUACUUCUAUUGGCUUCUUGCAGGUCUUAGUUCAGUACAAUUGGCUUUCUAUAUGUAUUUUGCCAAAUCUUAUCUCUAUAAAAUGGGAAGUAAAAUUUGAGGGGGGCCUUAUAUAGGGGACUUCACAUUAGCACUAUAACAGGUGUACAUUACAUUAUUUAUCAAUUAGUCAAGAAUCUGAUUUUUCUGAUA